AUGUGUGGUGACAAACCAUUAAAAGGAGCUAUUCUAAAAAUAAUCGACCGUGAUCAUGAUGGAGACAAGGACGAUUUGUUGGAUGAAGUCCGAACUGAAGAGAACGGUGAAUUUUACUUGAAAGGAGGAACCUAUGAGGAAACACCUAUUGAGCCGGCACUCAAAAUCUAUCACGAUUGUGAUCAUAAGCAUAAGGCAUGUAAGCGUCGUGUAUACUGGAUUCUUCCGUCAAGAUAUAUAAAUAAUGGCACAGUAACCGAAUGGAUGGAUGUCGGAUCAAUAAACAUGGAAAUAAACUUUGGAGUUGUAGCCUUUCCACGACCUGGCUAUGAAAGGCCGAUGCCAAUGCCAAUGCCAAUGCCGAUGGGAGGAGGUGGUGGCUACGGCUACGGAGGCGGAGGUGGAUUUCCUGGUGGUGGAUUUGGUGGAGGGUCAUCUCAGGGUUUCUCAGAAUCCCAGUCGCAAUCAUUCCAACAAAGCCAAAGUCAAUUUGGAAAUAAUUUUGGAGGAGGAUUUGGACGACGUUAA